AUGUCUUCGUUAGAAAAGGCCUCACAGGGUCAAAUGGGGGACUGCACGUCCAAGACAGGGAAAGCGGAGCAUGUCGACGAUAUCGAGAAGAUCGGUAUGACAGACAAUAUCACCGAUGUGGCCACUAGUGUCGACAACAUUCCUAUCAGUUUGUUUGUGUGGCUAGUUGCCGCGACGGCCUCGAUGGCAGGUCUCCUCUUUGGCUACGACACCGGAAUCAUUUCAGCCGCAUUGGUUUACUUAAACGACGAUCUCGAUAAUAGACCCGUGACCAGCAAUGAAAAAGAGUUGAUCACUUCACUUUGUUCCGGAGGUGCCUUCUUCGGUGCCAUCUUUGCAGGAAUCACGGCAGAUAGGCUCGGUCGUAAAAUGGCCAUCUACAUCGGCUGUGUCCUUUUCGUUGCUGGUGCCGUCCUUCAGGGUGCAGCAUACACGAUCAUCCAAAUGUCCAUCGGACGCGCUGUCGUCGGUUUCGGCGUUGGGUCGGCAGCUAUGGUCUGUCCCUUAUAUGUUGCCGAGAUCGCUCCCGCCAAAGCUCGUGGAAAGCUCAUCGGAUUAAAUAAUGUUUCUAUCACCGGAGGACAGGUCAUCGCCUAUGCCAUUGGUGCCGCAUUUGCGAGUGUCCCUCACGGAUGGCGAUAUAUGGUUGGACUGGGAGGCCUGCCUGCAGUUAUCUUAUUCUGUCUCUUGCCGUUUUGCCCGGAAUCUCCGCGUCAUUUGGCCUAUAAUGGAAGGGAGGAAGAGGCUCGUAGUGUCUUACAGAACAUUUACAAGGGUGCGACUCCAACCCAGGUGGAUGCCGUUCUUUUCAACAUCAAGAUAGCAUGCGACCAGGCACGGGAGGUCAACGAAAGCAGCAGUGCAUUCUGGAAAAUCAAGCAGCUACAUAUGGUGCCCAGCAACCUUCGGGCUCUGAUUAGUGCGUGUGGCCUGAUGGUCAUCUCCCAGCUGUCGGGAUUCAACUGCUUGAUGUACUACAGCGGCACUCUCCUAGGGUCCAUUGGUUUUGGGAAUCCGGUAGCGGUGGGCAUGGUCAUCGCAGGUACCAACUUCAUCAUGACCUGGGUGAAUAUGAUGAUUAUCGACAAGGUCGGUCGUCGGCGUUUGCUUCUUUCUACUGCUUGGGGAAUGGCUGUUGGCAUGCUGGCUAUCGCAAUUGCCUUCGUUUGGAUACCAUUCAACCGUGAAACUGGCGAAAUCGAAGCAACAGAUGGAGUAACACCUGCCGCGAUUGUUGUGAUUCUUUUCAUGAUCUGGUUUGUGAUUUUCUACGGUGCCUCAGUUGGAAAUACUGCAUGGAUGAGCACAGAUUUCUUCCCGCUCGAAGUUCGUGCCAUGGGUACGAUGUGGCUCACUUGCUCCAACUGGGGAUCCAAUGUCAUCAUUUCCAGUUGUUUCCUGUCCAUGAUGAAGUCAAUGACAGGCUCCGGCGCAUUUGGUUUCUUCGCGGCAAUCUGCGGUUUGGGAUACGUCUGGAUCUAUUUCUUCUAUCCUGAGGUUUCGGGUCUCGUCCUGGAGGAGAUUCAAGAUGUCUUUGAGCAUGGCUUUGGCGUCAAAUAUGCGAGCAAACUACGAAAAGAGCGCAAGGACAUAAUCGAGGAACGGAUGAGAACCAUGGAGAAGCCCAUUGCAGUGGGACAUUAG